AGGCCUGGGGUGGAGAGGGGCUGAGGAGUGAAUCAAGGCAGCCCUGUCUGGGCCCUAGCCUGGGAAGGCAGUCCUUUCCUGUCCACAGGUCUCCCUGGGUUCUGGAAGGAACUCUUCUCUGCUGCUGGCCUGGUUUACUUGUCCCUACUUGUCAGGCCCUCCCUGCCAGAAGUCUUCAUCUAGUUACAGCCCCUUCCCCCAAAGGCAGCAGAGAAGAGAAAACAGGGCUGAGUAGUCUGAGGGUAGGCAGGGGUGGGAGCUUCCAAGCUUCCUCUCAGCUGGUCAUAGCAUUCCUUGGGCCAGCUUGAGGGGUAUGGGGGACAACCUCCAGGCUGCCCUCUCCACUGUUGCUCCUGCUCUCCCAGGAGGCCCAGUGGGGGCCGAGGCCCAGGCCCUUGCCAUGGAGUCCAUGUUUGAAGAUGACAUCAGCAUCCUGACCCAGGAGGCACUGGGGCCCAGUGAGGUGUGGCUGGAUGCCCCAGGAGACCCCUCACUGGGAGGGGACAUGUGCUCUGCCUCCCACUUUGCCCUCAUCACAGCCUAUGGGGACAUCAAGGAGCGGCUGGGGGGCCUGGAGAGGGAGAAUGCCACCCUCCGCCGCCGUCUCAAAGUCUACGAGAUCAAGUACCCGCUGAUCAAUGACUUUGGAGAGGAGCAUGGCUUCUCUCUGUAUGAAAUCAAGGAUGGCUCCCUGCUGGAGAUGGAGAAGGUCAGCCUGCAGCAACGGCUCAACCAGUUCCAGCAUGAGUUGCAGAAGAAUAAGGAGCAGGAAGAACAGCUUGGGGAGAUGAUCCAGGCUUAUGAGAAACUUUGCGUGGAGAAGAGCGACCUGGAGACAGAGCUGGGGGAGAUGCGGGCCCUGGUGGAGACCCACUUGCGGCAAAUCUGUGGUUUGGAACAGCAGCUACGGCAGCAGCAAGGCCUCCGGGACGCAGCCUUCCCCAGCCCGAGCCCCCCACCUGCCCCUGCCCCACCUUGUACUGAUCUGGACCUGCACUACUUGGCACUGAGAGGGGGAUCUGGCUUGAGUCACGGCUGGCCGGGCCCCACACCCAGUGUGAGUGAGCUGGAGCGACGGCGUUUGGAAGAGGCUCUGGAGGCUGCCCAGGGUGAGGCCCGGGGGGCUCAGCUUCGGGAAGAGCAGCUCCAGGCCGAGUGCGAGCGGCUGCAGGGAGAGCUGAAGCAGCUGCAGGAGAGUCGGGCCCAGGAUCUCGCCUCCAACCAGUCAGAGCGGGACAUGGCGUGGGUGAAAAGAGUCGGGGAUGAUCAACACAUGAGAUCAAAGUCGGGGAACACAGGACAUGUAACACAAGGGCUGAGAUGUGAUGGGAUUGAGGGCUGCAGCGUCUUGGCCAGAGUUCGUCCCCCGAGGGACUCCUUCCUCUCUGCUCCUGUCCAUCCCUGUGCACCCUCAGAUGGGCCCCGGCCCCCGCCGCCCCCGCCGCCGGGCGAGAGGACGCCGGCCGAGCGCGCCUACGCCAAGCCGCCCAGCCACCACGUGAAGGCCGGCUUCCAGGGUCGGCGCAGCUACUCGGAGAUGGCGGAGGGCGCGGGCUACGCGGGGGCCUCCCCGCCCUGGCUGCAGGCCGAGGCGGCCACGCUGCCCAAGCCGCGGGCCUACGGCGGCGAGCUCUACGGGCCCGGCCGGCCGCUCAGCCCGCGACGCGCCUUCGAGGGCAUCCGGCUGCGCUUCGAGAAGCAGCCCUCCGAGGAGGAGGAGUGGGCCGUGCCCACCAGCCCGCCCAGCCCCGAGGCGGGCACCAUCCGCUGCGCCUCGUUCUGCGCGGGCUUCCCCAUCCCUGAGUCGCCGGCCGCCACCGCCUACGCCCACGCCGAGCACGCGCAGUCCUGGCCGUCCAUCAACCUGCUGAUGGAGACAGUGGGCUCUGAGAUCCGCAGCUGCCCCCUCUGCCAGCUAGGUUUCCCUGUUGGGUACCCGGAUGAUGCCCUCAUCAAACACAUUGACUCCCACCUGGAGAACAGCAAGAUCUAGGGUGCCUCCCCCACCCCCUGGCUGUUUCUCCAUCUUCUCUCAUCACCCCCACUCACUCACUCACUUUGAAUGCUGCAUGAAUCUCGUGGGGGGCCCUUGCCCCUUGCGACCCCCAGAUACCUCCACUAGCUACCGAGUCAACGUGUGUGCCGUCUUCCCUGGUCCAGGCACCACUCAGCCCUGGCUCUUCCUGGAAGGCCAGCCGAGGCUGUCCCCAGCUCCCUGGCUUCCACUGGGGAGGUGAGGAUCUGGGCUGAGAUGGGGAGGGGCGUACCCCACCCAGCCUCUCUCUCUGCCUUUCUGUUCUCAGACAGGGUUGGAUCCGUCGCCACCGCCCGCCUGCCCGCCCCGCUGCUUGGGCCUGGGGGAGGGGGAGGGUAUCAGAGGACUCCAGGAGCUCCCCUAGCCACUCCCCGGAUGUCCAUCUUUCUCAGGCUGUGCUCUGUCCAGGGAGCGCCUCCCUGUGGGGUCCCAGAGCCUGCCUUGCACACUGAUGCCAGUUCCUCCAUCCCAUGGCCAGCUCGGGGCUCUUGGCAUGGGCCCCUCCCCCUUGGGGGAAGGAGGCAUCUUGUUUCUUGCCAUUCCCUGCAGGCCGGUCUUGUUCUCCUCUACUCCCCUGGGGAAUAAGGAGGGUGGGAGAGGAGAGGGAGGACCCUGGAGGACUGGAGGGAUUCAGCCUAAAGAGGCCGCCCUGAGGGUGGGGAUGAGAGGCGGGGGGGCCAUCCUGCAACUUGACCCUCAGGCCAGGGGAGUAUCUGUGCUAGCCUCCCAGGCCCCUGCCUCCCCCUGGAGCCCCUAGCACCAAGACGCAGAUUGUUAAGACAGAUGCUCCCCUUCACCCUUACCCCUCUCGAGUCCCUGACACCACAGGUGCCCUGGAGCCCGUGUGUGACUCGGCCUCUGAUAGCUGGGUGGGUGUCAUCAUCCCUGCCUCCCAGGCCAGAACCUGUGGAUGGGCCCAGGGUGCUGUUGGAGAUCAACUUCAAAAGAGCUAACCCCCUUCCCACACCCCAGCGACCCACAUUCCCUCUGUGAAAUCUACCUCAGAGUCGUACCCUCAGAAGGAUGGGUAAGCAGGAGGCCAGGGGGUCCCCAGGGCUGAGGUGGGGAGCUUCCUAUGGCAAGAGCCUGCUGCCCCACGAUGAAUCCAACCCCCCCACUGCGAGCCUCUCCCAGGUCUCAGCCCCGGGCUGGUGGCAGUGGGCGCUACUGUCAGUGCAUGUACCAUUCUGAUCCAACACUUCCAGGCACCCCCGCCUCCUCACACCCCUCCCCUCCUCCUCAGUGCAGGGGAGUGAAGAGGUGUAUCAGGCAGGAAGGGGCCAAGGACUCCAGAGACAUGGCAUUGUACCUUGAGUGUUCCCCCAGGGAGGGGAAAUGAGAAGGGGGCUUGGAGAGGGGAGGUGGGGGCCCCUGAGCUCUCUGAACAAGUUUAAAGUCCAAAUAAAACUUACCUGUUCCAUCUGC